AAAAUGCUUCAACAAGUUCGUCGUAAAAAAGUUUUGUUAGCGUCCAUUAAGGAAAUUCAAGAGUGAAGAUACAGAACCAGGGGCAGGAUGACCAAAUAAAAUCGUUGCGGCAGAUAAUUGCUGAACCAAUUUCUUGUUAGAAUAUACAUGUAUACAUUAACUUGAUAGACCAUACAAUACGUUAACUCUCACCAUGGGUCCAAAAUUGAUCUGACCACUUAUGUCGGCGAGGAAGUUGAAUUUGCAUGAGUGCUCUACAUGACUUCUUUAGUUCAUAGAUAGGUAGUGGUAUACAUGACAACUUCCGAUAACUGGGAUAAGUCUAAACUAUCCAAUCCAUCUCGCCUGAUUCCUGAACCCCAGCUUUUUACCAAUAAUGAUAGGCCUCAGUUGCAUAACAUAUGCUCACCUCAAUGGACAGUUUGGUUUGCAGACAGCAAAUUUCAUGAUUGACAGCUAAAACUUCAGUAACUGGAUAUCAGAACAAGGACCAAGGGUGUUGGAAUUGGCACAUUGCCAAGAAUGACGUCAUCAGAACGCUGAUGCUAACAAUCAUCAGAGUCUUGUUUCCAGUGUACUUUAGGUUUGUUUUUUCAGGACUUGAACGCCACUAAGUCUCCACUCAUCCCCUUGUCCAAUUCUUUAAUCUGAUACACAGACGCUUGUCUUUGCCGAAUUUUCGCUCCAGACAAGCUCUAAACUCAUGUCUGCCUCCCCUUGUUUCUCUCCGAGAUCAGUCUCCAUCUUUCAAUUGUCCAGACCAAAAGAUCACACGAUCUGCAGAGAUCUCCAUGUCCAGUCCAAGAACUCAGAAACCAGCCAUGCCUGGGGUUGAAAGCUUGCUACUCCUCUUCAUGCUGUCCAUUCCAAUAUCCCAAGCUUGGUCCAUUGAUUACCCUAGCCCCAUUGCCAACCUUCCUUCUCUUUGGACAAACAAUGAAGCUACUAUCCCUUACAAUACAACCUACGGCGACGGUUCCAUAAUCAGAGCCAUUCUUGUCAGGCAGAAGCCUGCCGGGUUUGGUCCAUCCUUUGGCUGCGGCUUCAUCUGCGCUGCUCCCUGCAAUGUCUUCCUCUUUGCAGUCUUCUUCUUGUCCAUUGGUGAUCCAAGCAACCUUGCCUUCAAUGCCACAACGACGCCAAGGGUCGUGUGGACAGCUAACAGGUACCAUCCUGUGAAGGAGAAUGCAUCGGUGCAGUUUACCAAGGACGGAAAUCUCAGUCUCAGAGACUUCGAUGGUUCAUUAGUCUGGUCCACGAAUACAACAGGAAGCCCUGUUGUUGGCAUGAAUCUUGCUGAGACUGGGAAUCUGAUUCUCUUCGACAUGGUGGGGAAGACGGUGUGGGAAUCAUUUGCGCACCCAACUGACACACUCCUCAUUGGGCAGUCAUUGUGGCAAGGGAAGAGGGUUAGGUCCACUUCCUCGGUAGCAAAUAGUACUCAAGGUCAGUUCUACCUCACUGUGCUAGACAAUGGCCUCUAUGCUUUCAUUGAUGCAGAUCCUCCACAGCUCUAUUAUCAGAAAAGCUUUAAUAUUACCGAUGCAAUAGUUCAAUCAAAGACAAACAUAUCCUCUGAUCAGGCGAAGAAUAGCACAGCUCACAUUUCCUUCUUACAAGGGAGCUUCUCAGCAUUUCUUAGGUUCAACAGCACAGAUAUCAAGCUAUUCGAUAUCUCUUUGCCUUUGCCAUCAUCAGCACAAUUCAUGAGCCUUGAGGAUGAUGGGCGCCUGAGGGUUUAUGGAUGGAAUGGUAUUUCAUGGAAAGCUCUUGCUGAUGUUCUGCAUGUGUAUCCUGAUGAAUGUGCAUACCCUACAGUAUGCGGAGAAUAUGGAAUCUGUUCACAAGGACAAUGCAGUUGCCCAAGUGGAAAUAUUGAUGUUGACCUCUUCCAUCAGUUGGAUGAUCGGCAACCUAACCUUGGUUGCUCCCUUGUGACCCCUCUGUCCUGUAACUUGAUACAAUAUCAUAAGCUUAUAGCACUCCCAAAUGUCACGUAUUUCAAUUUUGCAUAUAAUUGGACUACAGAUGAAGAAAGCUGCAAGGAGGCAUGCUUGAAGACCUGUUCAUGCAAGGCAGUCUUUUUUCGGCAUCAAAAUGUCUGGAAUGGUUCCUGCUUUCUACUGCCAAAGAUUUUCUCACUUAUGAAUUACCAGCCAGAAGUAGUUGGAUAUAAUUUAUCUGCAUAUGUCAAGGUGCAGACGUUACCACCGCCAUCAAGCAAGAAAAUAAAUGCAACUGCUUUCCACAUCGGUGUUCCUGUUCUUGUUGCAGUCGUCUGCCUACUCAUUCUCAUGAUCAGAAGAACAAUAUUAAAGAGGAUGGAAGAGGACGAUCCAUUUAAAGGAGUGGCCGGGAUGCCUACACGGUUCUCCUACAAACAGCUGAGAGAAGCAACCAAUAACUUCAGCAAAAAGCUGGGACAAGGAGGAUUCGGGCCAGUCUACGAGGGAAAACUUGGAAAUGUCAAGAUUGCUGUCAAAUGCUUGCGUGACAUUGGCCAUGGGAAGGAAGAAUUCAUGGCAGAAGUCAUUACCAUUGGUAGCAUCCAUCAUAUUAAUCUUGUCAGAUUGAUUGGGUACUGUUCCGACAAAUUCCACAGACUCCUUGUUUAUGAGCAUAUGAGCAACGGGUCUCUGGAUAAAUGGAUCUUCAGAAAGAACCAAAGUGGUUCACUCAGUUGGGCAACUCGAUAUAAGAUUAUCCUAGACAUCGCAAAGGGCUUGGCCUACCUUCAUGAAGAAUGCCGCCAGAAGAUCGCUCACCUUGAUAUCAAGCCAGGAAAUAUCCUCCUUGAUGACAAGUUCAAUGCAAAGAUCUCUGACUUCGGUCUAGCAAAGCUAAUCGACAGGGACCAAAGCCAUGUGAUGACCAAAAUCAGAGGAACAAGGGGUUACCUAGCACCAGAAUGGUUGUCAUCAACAAUAACUGAGAAGGCUGAUAUUUACAGCUUUGGUGUAGUUGUGCUGGAAAUAGUUAGUGGAAGGAAAAACCUGGAAAACAAUCAGCCUGAAGGAAGCGCUAAUCUAAUUAAUAUACUGCAAGAGAAAAUCAAGAUUGGGCAAGUUCUGGACAUAGUCAGCAAUCAGGAUGAAGAUAUCCAGUUACAUGGAUCAGAAAUGACAGAAGUAAUCAAGCUAGCUGUGUGGUGCUUGCAGCGCGACUGCGGUAAACGACCGGCCAUGUCCCAGGUUGUGAAGGUAUUGGAAAGUAAUAUGGAAACAGAAAGCACUUCAGGCUAUGAUGCAACAGCCAGAGAUGAUAUUUUUGAUGCUUCAUCCCCUUUGUCCCCAGUGCCAGUGUCUGCAAGAUGAUAUGCUAUUGGGAAAGUAGGAAAACGAAGGCUGCAUGUAAUUCAGUUGCAAUUAUCGUGUGCAGUGUUUUUGUUAAUUUGUUUCCUAACUAUUUUAAUGCGUGAAUGAAAUAUGAGGUUUUAUGGAAUCAGAAUCUUCCAAAAGCAUAAAAUAAGAACAGAGAUAGUUCCAACUUUACUUUUUUUUUUUGCUUCAACUAGCAUAGCAUAUUUUGUCGCCUUGGGACACCCUAUAUGCCAAUAAGUCACAAAUAAUUUUUCUAUUUGUCGACAGAGUAGUGCCGUUUUCUGCAAAACUUUAUGCUGCACGGAUAGCAACUGCAAUUCAAUAACACCAAAAACUGUAUACACUUCCAAAA